AUGGCUCAAUCCAGAGACUCCGGUGGGGUACGGGAGGUGAUACCGGGGNGUAACGGGAAAGCACAACUUAGAUCAGACGGGAAUACCAGAAUAAACUGCACUCCUCAUCCCCCCCGCCCCUUGUCCACGCCGUCCGUACCGUACAGGAGAGAGGACCAUCCCCUUGUUUUGCAUUACGCUACGCUUCGUACGACGUGGCAGCGGUGGCGGACUGAAGGUACCUCGUGCAAUAGAGAGGUGCCGGGGGGGGGAGGACAAUAAUGGCUCAAUCCAGAGACUCCGGUGGGGUACGGGAGGUGAUACCGGGGUUGGCGUAGGUCGUCUCCCACCAUCUCCCAUGGUAUCAUGGACACUGAAAAAUAUAUGGCAUUGUUCACUUGUGGAUUGUGAUCCUCCAUGGCGCUAGCGCUCCACCGCCACGAAGAGGCUGCCGAGAAUGUCGGACUGCGAGGCGGGUGACACUUUUUGUGGAUUCCAUUUUGCUAAAUACAUUCACUCUUGUUGUUAGUGUGGGGGUAGGGGCUAUUUAGACUAGAGUUGCUUGUUCUUUUCAUUGUAUGGAUUCUAUCAUGAUAUAUAUCAUGGACACGGAACUGUAUAUGACAUUGUUCACGUGUUGAUUGUGAUCCUCCAUGGCGCUAGCGCUCCACCAGCACAAAGAGGCUACGGAAAAUGCGGGCUGCGGGGCGAGUGGCUUUGUCUGGAUGUCAUUUUCUUGAAUAUAUUCACUCUUUUUGGGGGAGUAAAAGCUAGACUAGAGAUGGUUGUGGUUUUCAUUUUACCGCUUAUGCAUCUCGUCUCCGUUCUGUUGGGUGUGGGUACGAAAUCUUU